AAAAAAAAAAAAAGGAAAAAAAAAGUAACAUUUGGGAAUCUGUGUUGCUUCCUCAGCCCCAUCUUGGGUAAAAUCGGAGACGUAUACAGGGCAGGGAGAAGCUGUUUAUUUCCGUGCCUGCAGUUGGAGCUUGUUAAGGAUUUGAGCUGUGAUGCUGGCACCUGGCAGACCACAUCCUGUGCGGUUUUCAGUUUUGCUCCAUUCCUGACCCUGGUAUAGCAGAAGCUUUUUCACACCUAUGACACCUGCUAUGUCUCGGUGAACCCUGGAAGGGAAGGGAGGACAAGGUUAAAAUACUGUUCCGAGGACCUGGUCUCUCCACAGCGCAGGCUGGAGGUGGCAGCCCGUGGAAAGCCAAGUUCAUCCACCAUCAGAGCCCAGGCCAGGCUGCCAAUGCUAACAUUCAGGACAAAGCCAGGCACAGGUCGGGAAUCCUAUGAAGAUGAUCAUCGUCUUGAGGUCUUCCUUCCAGGGUUGCAUCCGGGCCAGAAGAUGGAAAGAGAAAUGGUGCUCUGCCUGGCCCAGACCAUCCACACGCAGGAGGGGGCCCUGCCCAGACCCUCCAUCUCGGCUGAGCCAGGCACUGUGAUCCCCCAGGGGAGCCAUGUGACUUUCGUGUGCCGGGGCCCGGUUGGGGUUCAAACAUUCCGCCUGGAGAGGGAGAGUAGAUCCACAUACAAUGAUACUGAAGAUGUGUCUCAAGCUAGUCCAUCUGAGUCAGAGGCCAGAUUCCGCAUUGACUCAGUAAGUGAAGGAAAUGCCGGGCUUUAUCGCUGCAUCUAUUAUAAGCCCCCUAAAUGGUCUGAGCAGAGUGACUACCUGGAGCUGCUGGUGAAAGAAACCUCUGGAGGCCCGGACUCCCCCGACACAGAGCCCGGCUCCUCAGCUGGACCCACGCAGAGGCCAUCGGACAACAGUCACAAUGAGCAUGCACCUGCUUCCCAAGGCCUGAAAGCUGAGCAUCUUUAUAUUCUCAUCGGGGUCUCAGUGGUCUUCCUCUUCUGUCUCCUCCUCCUGGUCCUCUUCUGCCUCCAUCGCCAGAAUCAGAUAAAGCAGGGGCCCCCCAGAAGCAAGGACGAGGAGCAGAAGCCACAGCAGAGGCCCGACCUGACUGUUGAUGUUCUAGAGAGGACAGCAGACAAGGCCACAGUCAAUGGACUUCCUAAGAAGGACAGAGAGACGGACAGCUCGGCCCUGGCUGCAGGGAGUUCCCAGGAGGUGACGUAUGCUCAGCUGGACCACUGGGCCCUCACACAGAGGACAGCCCGGGCUGUGUCCCCACAGUCCACAAAGCCCAUGGCCGAGUCCAUCACGUAUGCAGCCGUUGCCAGACACUGACCCCAUACCCACCUGGCCUCUGCACCUGAGGGUAGAAAGUCACUCUAGGAAAAGCCUGAAGCAGCCAUUUGGAAGGCUUCCUUUUGGAUUCCUCUUCAUCUAGAAAGCCAGCCAGGCAGCUGUCCUGCAGACAAGAGCUGGAGACUGGAGGUUUCUAACCAGCAUCCAGAAGGUUCAUUAGCCAGGUGGUCCCUUCUACAAUCGAGCAGCUCCUUGGACAGACUGUUUCUCAGUUAUUUCCAGAGACCCAGCUACAGUUCCCUGGCUGUUUCUAGAGACCCAGCUUUAUUCACCUGACUGUUUCCAGAGACCCAGCUAAAGUCACCUGCCUAUUCUAGAGACCCAGCUACAGUUCCCUGGCUGUUUCUAGAGACCCAGCUUUAUUCACCUGACUGUUUCCAGAGACCCAGCUAAAGUCACCUGCCUAUUCUAGAGACCCAGCUACAGCCAUGAGGCUAUUUCCAGAGACCCAGCUAUAGCCAAUCAGCCGAUUUCCUGAGCAGUGAUGCCACUUCCAAGCUUGUCCUAGGUGUCUGCUGUGAACCUCCAGUGACCCCAGAGACUUUGCUGUAAUUAUCUGCCCUGCUGACCCUAAAGACCUUCCUAGAAGUCAAGAGCUAGCCUUGAGACUGUGCUAUACACACACAGCUGAGAGCCAAGCCCAGUUCUCUGGGUUAUGCUUUACUCCAUGCAUCAAUAAAUAAUUUUGAAGGCCUCACAUCUGGCAGCCCCAGGCCUGGUCCUGGGUGCAUAGGUCUCUCGGACCCACUCUCUGCCUUCACAGUUGUUCAAAGCUGAGUGAGGGAAACAGGACUUAUAAAAAAGGUGUCAGCGUUUUCUUUUUAAAAUUUAAUUGAUCAGGAUUGUACAUAUUCAAGGCAUAAAAUGUGAUAAUUUGUCAUACACAUACAUUGUGCGAUGAUAGUCACAAUCAAUUCCUCAGUGCACCCAUCACCACGGAUACGAUACAUUAGAUAUUCUGAACUCGCUCAUCUUAGGACUUCACAUUGGUGUCAGUGUUUUCUGACAAAUCACGUGUAUCAGGAAUGAAUGAGGGAGGUGUGGCUGGGUGAAGGCAGAGAGCCGACCCUACAGGUCCACAUCUGCACAUACAUGCACAGGCAUGCAUGCUCUCACACACAUGCAUACACACACGCACACACACAGACAUGCACAUACACUCACAUGCCCCAGGAAAUCCAAGGAAUCACUGAGCCUGCUGUUGGUUGAGGCAUUUCUGAGUAUCCACCCUACCUAUAGGGUCAGAUGUACUGAUUGACACAGAAAAUUACCCUGUGUACCACUAGGAGGAGGCAGAAUCUCAUUUGGGUUAAUCUGUGUUUGUCUUUAAAAAACAAAAACAGGCCGGGCACGGUGGCUCACGCCUGUAAUCCCAGCACUUUGGGAGGCCGAGGUGGGCGGAUCACGAGGUCGGGAGAUCAAGACCAUCCUGGCUAACACGGUGAAACCCCGUCUCUACUAAAAAUACAAAAAAUUAGCCGGGCGUGGUGGCGGGCGCCUGUAGUCCCAGCUACUCAGGAGGCGGAGGCAGGAGAAUGGCGUGAGCCCGGGAGGUGGAGCUUGCAGUGAGCUGAGAUAGAGCCACUGCACUCCAGCCUGGGUGACAGAGCCAGACUCUGUCUCUAAAAAAUAAAUAAAUAAAUAAAUAAAUAAUAAAACACUUUGAUAAAGAAAGGACAAGGUCUUUAUUUUUUCAUGAAUUAUUGCCGUUAUUUAAGGGCAUACGGAGCCAUCAUCACAGCUGGUCUAGGAUUCACAGAUAUUUUCUUGUUGCCUUUACUUACCAUCCAGCUCAAUUUAUUUAGUACACUAUAUAUAUUCAUUUCUGAAAUUGCUUUCUGCUUUUAUAGACCCCUCCUCUUUCUCCUAUUUGGAUUUAUUGAUUGAUCUCCAGAACAAAGUUGCUAAAUUUAUUACAUUUGUUGUGAUAAAACAUUUUCUUCGCAACAAAAGAAAAAGAUUUGUGCACAUAUACUACAUGAAAUGCUUGUUAUUUUCUCAUUCUUCCACCUUCUCCCCAUCCUCUAUAACACUGGGGCCAAACUGUUAUUGAUUAUUGUACAUUCUUUCGGAAAUGUCUUUGAUUUUCUAAAGCAUCUUUUUCUUUUAACUAAUCUGUACUUUACCAAGAUUCUAAUUUCCCAAAUUUUCAUACCAGUUAAAUCACAUCAUAACUUAUUAAGUUGUUCAUUAUUAGAGUAAAGAAAUACAAUGUUUUUCAAGAAUAAAGACAGUCCUAUUUUUGAUGAA